AUGGAAUUUGACCUGCGCAAACAUAUCAGAACCCACACAGGAGAAAAGCCCUUCGAGUGCUCUCUGUGCAACUUAAAAUGUAGUCAAAGUUCACAAUUGCGACUUCAUCUGCGAACCCACACAGGAGAAAAGCCAUAUCAAUGCAAUGUCUGCAGCAAGAGUUUUUCCACUAGAACACAUCUCCGAGUACAUGAACGUACCCACACUGGAGAGAAGCUUUAUGCUUGUACAUUGUGCGACAAGAAAUUCUCGGAACGGUAUGGUCUGAAAUCGCACAACCUUCGUAUGCACACAGGGCAGAGGCAGAGAACAUUCGAGUGUGACUUGUGCAACAAAAAGUUUCUAGACAGAAGCUCGCUGAGCAGCCACAGCCGUUUCCACACAGUAGAAAAGUCCUUUGAAUGCACGCUCUGCGACAAGAAGUUUGUGUCCGGUCAAGGUCUGCAAGUGCACCUCCGCGGCCACACGGGAGAGAAGCCUUUUGAGUGCGCGUUGUGUGACAAGAAGUUUGCGCAAGAUAACCAUCUGCGUUCUCACCUCCGCACCCACACUGGAGAACAGCAUUAUAAACAUGAAUGCUCUGUAUGCAACAGGAAAUUUCCUGGCCGUAGUCAACUUGGCGAGCACAUCCGCAGCCACACAGGAGAGAAGCCCUAUGAAUGUGACGUGUGCCGCAAGACAUUUACUUACAAAAGUUCCCUGGUCAGCCACGGCCGGACCCACACCGGAGAGAAGCCUUACGGGUGUAACGAGUGCGACUACAGGAGCGCCACGAGUGGAGGUCUCCAGACACACCUCCGCACCCACACCGGAGAGAGGCCCUUCGGGUGCCCGGUGUGCGACAAGAAAUUCACGACGGGUUCAAUUCUGCGCAAACAUCUCGAAACCCACACAGAGGACAAGAUCUGUGUGCAACAAAAAUCGUAGUGACACUGGGAAUUUGCUCAUUCAUCUGCGAACCCACACAGGAGAAAAGCCAUUUCAAUGUGAUGUCUGCAGCUAGAGUUUUCCCAGUGGGGCACUUCUCCGAAUACAUGGACGUUCUCACACUGGAGAGAAGCCUUAUGCGUGUACGUUGUGCGACAAGAAAUUCUCGGUUGCCUAGCAGUCUGGGAACGCACAACCUUCAUAUGCACACG